CUACGAAUUUACGAUUACGCCACCGAAUUUUCUCUCUCCUCUUUCCCUACAAUAGGAAAGAAAAAGAAGGCAGCUAUGCUUAUGAUAACACUGUUAUUUAGAAAGAGAAAAUAAGUAAACUUAGAGAGAGAAAAUCUUUAGGGACAAAAAUUCAGGGGAAAAAUCAAUGAGAUUUUGACAAAAAUGGCGGUUUUCUAGGGUUUCUUUGCUCAAUUUUCUAGGGUUUGUAUACAGCUGAAUUGAUUGAUUAAUUGAAAUUAUUUGAAGCUUCAUUGAAUUUUCCAUGGAAAUGCCUGGUAGAAGAUCAAAUUACACGCUUCUAAGUCAAGUAGACGAUCAUUCAACGCCGGCGACGGCGGCGUCAAAGUAUUCCGGCGUCAGAGGAGAGAGAAACAUGUUUCCGGCGUCGAUCGGGUUGCAGAGGCAGAGCAGUGGGAGUAGUUUUGGGGAGAGUUCAUUGUCGGAUCAUUACGUGCAAUCGAUCUCGUUACCGGCGAGCGAUCUCGAUGGUUUUAGCUACUUGCAGGAGGAGAGAGGUUCGAGAAAGAGGGCGGCGAUUGACGGUGGCGGCGGUGGCGGUUGUGGAGAGUCUUCGUCGUCGAAGAGUUGGGCGCAGCAGACGGAGGAGAGUUAUCAGUUGCAAUUGGCUUUGGCUUUGAGACUUUCUUCAGAAGCUGCGUGUGCUGAUGAUCCUAAUUUCUUGGAUCCGAUGCCGGAUGAAUCUUCGUCUCGGUUGUCUUCCUCCGAAUCCGCGGAGUCCAUCUCUCAUCGAUUUUGGGUAAAUGGCUGUCUCUCUUACUCUGAUCAAAUUCCUGAUGGAUUUUAUCUCAUACAUGGGAUGGAUCCUUAUGUUUGGACGGUGUGUGCUGAUUUACAAGAGAAUGGUCGCAUUCCUUCUAUUGAAUCACUGAAGUCGGUAACUUCUGUAAAUGAAUCUUCUCUUGAGGUAGUUUUGAUUGAUCGGCGCAGUGAUUCCACAUUGAAGGAGUUACUGAACCGGGCUCUUGAUAUAUACUGUAAUUGCAUGGCCUCUGAUGAAGUUGUUGAUCAGAUGGCAAAGUUGGUGUGCAGCCGCAUGGGGGGAGCAGCUUCAACCAGAGAGGAAGAAUUGUUUCCCAUCUGGGAGGAGUUCAGUAAUGGUCUCAAGGAUUGUCUGGGGUCUGUUGUGCUUCCUGUUGGUAGCUUAUCUAUUGGCCUAUGCAAACAUCGUGCUUUGCUAUUUAAAGUCCUUGCUGAUUCAAUUGAUUUGCCAUGCCGAAUUGCCAAGGGCUGUAAAUAUUGCAACAGAAAUGAUGCUACCUCUUGCCUAGUACGGUUUGGACUUGAUAGGGAGUAUUUGGUUGAUUUGGUUGGGAAGCCAGGUUGCUUAUGUGAGCCUGAUUCCCUGCUUAAUGGUCCAUCUUCCAUAUCGAUUUCUUCACCAUUGCGCUUUCCACGAUUUAGAACAGUUGAACCUGCCAUAGAUUUCAGGUCACUGGCCAAACAGUAUUUUUCAGAUAGUCAAUCUCUGAAUCUUGUAUUUGACAGGCCUUCCACAGGUACUGUUGUAAAUGAACAAGAUGCAGGAGAUCCGAUGUAUCUUAAGCAACUUGCUAGGAAGCUUCCUGAUGCAAAUAAUUCUUUACCAAAUGACCAAGUACAUUCUCAGUUUGUUGGUCAUGAUAGAGAAUCCCAGUCUUCUGAAUCUAAUAGUCCUCCACAAAAUGUUGGAAGAGUACCUAAUGCCAACAGAGAGUUCCUUCCAUCAAGAUUUGUUCCUCCUAGCAGACAACGAGUGACCCAGCCAUUCACUGAUUCAACAAGAAAUUCAUCAAAUGAUUUUCGGUUUGAGCCUAGUCAGCUAGUUUCAAGUAGAAGUGAAGCUGCUCUAGACAUGGAUGAUUUGGUCAUCUCAUGGGGCGACCUUGUUGUAAGGGAUAGGAUUGGAGCAGGUUCGUUUGGAACUGUCCAUCGCGCUGAAUGGAACGGAUCGGAGGUUGCAGUCAAAAUUCUCAUGGAGUCAGAUUUCCAUCCAGAGCGAUGUAAUGAAUUCUUGAGGGAGGUGGCAAUAAUGAAACGAUUACGGCAUCCAAAUAUAGUUCUCUUCAUGGGGGCAGUUACUGAGCCACCUAAUUUGGCCAUAGUUACAGAAUAUUUAUGCAGAGGAAGUUUAUACAGGCUUUUACAUAAAUCGGGUGGCAGAGAAGUGUUGGAUGAGAGGCGGCGUUUGAGUAUGGCUUAUGAUGUGGCAAAGGGAAUGAAUUAUCUUCAUAAGCGUAAUCCACCUAUUGUUCAUCGGGAUCUAAAGUCUCCUAAUCUUUUGGUGGAUAAGAAAUACACUGUAAAGGUCUGUGAUUUUGGCCUUUCGCGUCUAAAAGCAAAUACGUUUUUGUCUUCAAAAUCAGCUGCAGGAACGCCUGAGUGGAUGGCACCUGAAGUUCUCCGUGAUGAACCGUCAAAUGAGAAGUCAGAUGUCUACAGCUUUGGUAUAAUAUUGUGGGAACUUGCAACAUUGCAACAACCGUGGAGCAGCUUAAAUCCUGCUCAGGUUGUUGCAGCUGUUGGUUUUAAGGGCAAGAGACUUGAUAUUCCACGUGAUGUAAAUCCUCAAAUAGCUGCUAUUAUUGAGGCGUGUUGGGCUAAUGAGCCUUGGAAGCGUCCAUCUUUUGCCAAUAUCAUGGAUUCCUUGAGGACAAUUCUUAAACCUCCUGCACCUCAAUCAGUUCGUGGAGAUGCACACAUCAUUACGUAAAUCAUUUGGUAGAUGGAGUUUUGCUGUUUUGCUCUCCUCAUUCGUAUUUGCAAGAUUAUUUCCUGGUGAGACGUUUGGAAAAGGGUAUCUGUCCAUCCAAUAAUCCCAGGUCAAAUGCUGUACAUCUCUGUUACCUUGCCAAUUGAGAAUUGAUUUUUUUUGACAAAUAUACAUUACUCAUACUACUAUACUAGAUGAUCAAAAUGAAUAGUCUUCCAGUACAGUUGUCCGCCUAUACUAAUUGUAUCAUUCUCGUGAUUUUGUAUGUAAUUUUAAGCACCGAUGCGGACAAGGUUUCUGGAAAUUAGCAUCUGAGUGAAUUGUGCAUAACUUGACGUAGGAACUAGAUAGAUAAAAAAAAAAAUACUAUUUUUUCUCUCGAUUUUGGCACUUUAAAUUUGUAAUAGCGCACUCGCUUAUUCUCUCGUUGAUGAUAAAAGUAGGGUGGGAGUGUUGAUGUAAAUCAUAUCUCAAUCAGUAUAAAAUUCCCAGCGAAGAAAGGUCGAGCAUCCCAAAAUGUCUGAUAAGAUUUGGUUGUUCGUGAUGGCCACCUUUCGUGUGUAGCAAUUCAGCUAGACUUAUAAUCUCUUACAGCAAAGAACAUUAUAUUAUAUUGUUUUUCUAGUUCUUGCGAUUAGUUUCAUGGUAAAUUUGUAAUGGACAUUGGACAAUUAACUUUGUCAGCGCAUAGAAGACACAUCCAAAGCGGAUGUAAGUUACUGCAGCAAUUUAUCGUUGGCUAGAUUGGUGCUACAAAAGCUCAAUUUAAGCUUACAAGUUACAAAUUCCUCCGAUUUUGCACAAGUCUUCUAUCUAUGCAGCUGCUGCCUUUUCUUUUUCCUUCUAUGAAUAUGGGAUUGGUUCAUUGAUAAAAGUCAUCCGAUAUGUGCAAAGAGAUUUAGAUCUAAAAAAGUUUAAAGAAACAUAGCAAUUGAAUCAAAUAAAAGCUUUCUUUCGUUGUUGCAUAUGUUUAUGCUACUUGGUUUUACGAGUGAACUAUAAUACAAGGUACUAAACUAUCAUGGUUGUUGCAAAUUGGGGACUCAACUUUCAGAAGUAGCAAAUUGGGUACUAAACUAAGGGAGAGUACCUGCCGAAGAGAAUAUUCCGGGCAUGUGACUUGUAAUAACCGAUUUUAAUCAGAUAUGAUGGUGCAUUGGUAACUGGGUUUUGAUGCCUUCUCAUAUCUCGAUGUUCCAGCAACUUGUGGCGGGAAAUGCUCCUUCACAAAGCUUCCCUUGCAAGCUUCCCAAGAAUGCCCCUUAUUUCUCCCUCAUUAUAAACAACCUUUAAUUCCCAUUUCCCUAUAUAAGCAAGUAGAAAGGGGGGUGGGGGGGACCUUCAAAGAUUUUCUCGAUUAAAAAAGCUCCAAAAACAGAAAGUUGCAAUAGAAUAUUCAUGAGUUGGUCUGCUAUUGAUCUAGUUGAAGAAAGAGAUUGAAAAUUAGCGAAAUUAACUUCAGCAGAAGGUAUAUUCCUUUUCUUUGUCUAUUUGUUCAUGAAUCUUGUGUUGGUUGGUUGUUGUUUUCUUCAUAAAAGUGUUAGUUUGUCUUUUUCACACGAGUAAAUAAUGUUUUAUUUUAUUUUAUUUUUUUAUUUUUUUUUUUGCAUAAUUUUGUUGCAAAAGUGUUUGACUUUGAUUAAACUAAGCUAUUAAUCUUGAUUGUUGUGUUGUAUUUAUUGUUAAAAAAUGGAGAAAUGUUUAUUUGUUGGUAGUUUAAAAGAGCAUAGUGUAAGAAUACCUCACCGACUUUAUUAAAAAACUGCUGGCCUUUAGGUAUGGACGCCCUUGCUGAUGCACACCCUCUAUUCAGCGAGCAGGAUGUGUUGGUCACCCACAUCUUCUUGUGCCUGCUAUGGGAGGACCAGGCCAACCUGCAAAAAGUGGCGGGUCUGGUGGCGCCUCCGCCACCUGAACUUCAGCUACCCUUUCCAUGGCCCAUGGGCUAGCAUACAAGAGUGGAUCCUUCGGGAUGUGCUGUUCAAUGAUGGCCACGACCUUCAUGCGUGGCUGAACAAGGACAUGACCGCCUAUUUUGAAGGUUUUCCACCCUGUUCAAGGAGGAGUAGGCGCAAAGGGGCUGGGGUGUCUAGGUGCAACAUGUUUAGGCUUUUUUUGGGGAUGCUGCUAGUUUAAGCUUAUGUUGAUCCUUUUUUUUUUUUUUUUUUUUUUUUUUUUUUUU